CUCAGCUCAGUGCAGCGGCGGUUCUCCUCCGCGCGUCAUGCGGACAUCCUCAUCCUCACCCCUCGGACACCGUAGCGCCACCCGGACCUCCCACACACAYCCCAGAGAACCGCUCACUUCUUGCUUGCCUCCAACACUUGCAGGGGAAACACAUAUUUGUGUUCAUUCUUGAAGAAUUAUUUAAGUACAGAUUUAUUCAUUAAUUUGCUUCUUGAGACUACUUUGGGAAGCGUGAUUCCUUUCCCGGGUCAGUUUGCUGCUUUUUGGACGCUCAAGGAUGGACAGCUUCCUUCACCUGGUUCUGAUUCUGCAGCUGGUGCUCUGGGAAACGAUGGAGGCCAUGCACCCAGACUGUGCUGUGGUGUUGCAGCACAUGAAGGCUCAAGAAGAAUGCUACGAUAUUCUUGAACAGGAGGAAAACAACUACUCAUCCAAGACAGCAUAUGUUUCAAGGAAYUGCACAGAAAAGGGCUGGUCUGAACUCCUGGACUACCAUGAGACCUGUGUGUUUAAAGAUGUUGAAGAGCAGGAGCCAGUGACAACAUAUUUCUCCAACUUUAAACAGGUGUACACUGCUGGCUAUGCUACCUCACUCAUCUCACUUAUAUCAGCUAUUUUUGUCUUCACUGUUUUUAGGAAAUUUCACUGCACCAGGAACUACAUCCACAUAAACCUGUUCUUCUCCUUCAUCCUGAGAGCCACUGCUGUCUUYGUCAAAGACCUGGUUCUUUUUUCUGAUGCAGAUCUGGACCACUGYUUCAUAUCAACUACAGCCUGCAAGUCCGCUGUGGCCUUUUUCCAGUUUAGUAUCCUGGCCAACUACUUCUGGCUACUGGUGGAGGGGAUGUAUCUACAGACGCUGCUAGCACUCACCUUCGUCUUUCAAAAGAAAUACUUCUGGUGGUAUAUACUAAUCGGUUGGGGUCUACCAACAAUAAUCAUUGCAACCUGGAUUCUCACUAGAAACUUCUACAAUAAUAAGGGGUGCUGGGAUGACACAGAUGUGGCCUUCAUCUGGUGGAUCAUUAAGGGUCCAAUAACUGCCUCCCUACUGGUGAACUUCAUCAUCUUUCUAAACGUGAUCCGUAUUCUGGUUCAGAAGCUGACGUCUCCUGGAGUCGGUGGCAACAAUACAAGUCACUUUAAGCGACUGGCCAAAUCCACACUGCUGCUCAUCCCACUUUUUGGGAUGCACUACAUGGUGUUCGCCUUCCUACCGGAAAAUACAGGAGCAGAAGCUCGGAUCAUCAUCGAGGUUGGCAUGGGAUCCUUCCAGGGAUUUGUUGUAGCCUUGCUGUACUGUUUCCUAAAUGGAGAGGUGCAGGCUGAGCUGAAGAAGCGAUUUUGGAAGUGGCAGACUGAGAGUUACCUGAGCUACAGUAAACGACGGCGUACGCUGUUCAACGAAAGCAGCACGGUCACACAGAUAUCUGUUCUGGAUAAAUCCAGUCCCAAAGAGCAGCAGAGCUCCGAAUCACAUGCCCUUACACCCAACAAUGUGUCUGCAGUCUGAAAACCAUGAGACGGGUCCAGCAGAUGAGUUGUUUUUUUUGUAUCGCACAGAUCAUGCUGUGCAUAGACUACACCUCAGAGCCUGGUUGUUGGCGGGUGUGUUUAUCCUGAACUGUGAGACCUCUGAACUUGCUGUGCAAGAAGUCGGCAUCAUCCCACACACGUUUUACAGCACAUUCAGAUUUUCCCCCCAGACACCAGAGUUUACAGUGUGGCUGGAAAACUACGUCAUUUGCUUUCGGGCAACUCCUCCACAUUUUACUUUCCAACACUGAACUCUUUCUGCUAUUUAAAGAAGAGAUAAGAAAAAAAAACACAAAAAAACAAACAAAAGAUGAACAGGAGCCUUGUUCAAAACUGAAGUAAAUCAAGGUGGAACAUAAAUGAAAAGAAGUACAUUUUAAUUCAACAUAGUCCCAAAGCUUUUAUUUACCAGUCUUUUUGAUUAAGUUAGAAUAUUUUCACACUUAAAUUUGUCACUAACAACUCAACUAAAAACAACAAAAUACAUUACUUCAGAAAAUAAAAGAUUUUGUAAAGGGAACAAAGAGUUUUCAUUAUGUCAAAUGUUCACAUUUUUCCAACAAACUAAAAUGGCUUUGUGGCACUAUAAGUACAAAAUACUUUAUAAGAGAUUAAGAUGUAAAUUUUCUUUCUCAGUCGAAGCUGAACCUGCAACCGCAAUACUGACCUGAAUCCUGAACAUAAGUAGCCAUUUCUUUUGCCUGUACUCUGUGUCAUUAUGUGUAAUAAUUUUAAUCUGGCGGAUGCCUUUAUGAGGAACUCUUGGGUGCAGUAAGAGGAAAUCAUACUUGUACACAAAGAUUACCAAUUCUCUUCAUCAGUUACUACUCUGACAGUUGUAAAAUUAUAUGACCGAUAAAUAAGAUACUUUUCUUUUUCAGUAGGUAAGGCAUAUUUUACGAUUAAACUUUUAGCCUGUAGCUGAAUAACUGAAGGUUUCCUACAAUCCCUUAGAUGUCGUGCAACAUGAACUCCCGAUUUCACAACAAUUCUGCUGGCUCUCAGGAAGAAUUCAGAAUCAAACAUAUUUAUAAGCUUUUCUCACUCUUAAUGUUUUACUUUAAAAGUCAAGGAAUCCAAGGGGCUCCAUGUUUGUUUUCAUCUAAGCAGACUUCACAGCUGAGCCAGCGUUUUUUUUUUGGACCUAUGACGUUAGAUUGCAAAAGGAGAUGUAACUAGAAGCCUCUUUCUCAAGGAUGUCAACAACUUGUAUGUUACCAGCAUGGCAUGGCCAUGAAGAAGAUAUACUCCAGCCAUGAGGCCGCUAUAAGCAGACCUGUUUAAAAUUCCUUGGUGACCAUUGCACACAGAUGUAUACUCUAUCAUUUUUGCUACCAGACUCCACUCAUGCUCCAACAAAUUUUAUCAGAACCAACAGAGACUGAAAAAGGUUUUCUGGGUGCCAUGCCACACCUUAUCAGCUUGACACCAACCGUUAACCCACUCAUGUGCAUUGUCCUUCAUACUCUAAUACGCAUAGAUGUACUUUUAAUAAUGACCAGAAGACCUUCCUGCAAUUACUUCGAGAAACUAUAAACCCAAUAGUUACCUGGUAUUAUUGCUUGUUUGACACCAGUUUCUUUACGUUUGUCCAACAAUCCAUAUAAAAAAAAAAAGCUGUGAUACCUGUGAUUUUGAGAGAUCCAGCAUCACCUUUUUUCUUUAAACUUUGGUCAUUCUUGUGUUACAUUACAUGUCUAUUUAGGAGAUGAAAAUUCAUGAUGCCAUCUGUGGCUAUGUCUGCAAAAUGUUGCACAGUGCAUUAGCGCACAUCUGGAGCACUAGACUGUAAAAGCCUUUUGUUUUGUCUUUGUGAAUGAACAGUGUUUUGUGACUGUUGCAGUUGACUCAAAUGAUUUAUACACUGACCAUACUGAAUUUGUUAAAUUUGUUUGGCUAUAGAAUCCUUACUGUAUCAAGUUGGUGUUUGCAGGCAAUAUAUAUAUGUGUAUAUAUAUAUAUAUAUAUAUUAUUUUUUUUCUGUAAGACGUUUAAUGACACAGCUCUUUUGUAAAACCAUAUAAGAAGACCAUAUUUUUGGCAUAACAUAGGUUGUCUUUAAUAGCGACUGAAUAGGCUGCGUUGACACUACUAAUAUUGUAUCAGUGUAGUUUUUCCUCCUUCUUGACACUGUAGGUAAUUUGCACAAAUGUACAGCGAUGUGUGUGUAUGCAUAUAUUAACAAUGCCUGGGCAGAAAAAAAGUUGCCACCAAAACAAAGAGUGGUCACAGAAUACAGUGACUUUGGUUUUAGCGCACAUUUGUAGUUGCAUUGUCACAAGAUUUAUUUCCAUCCAGUGUCGAAUUACUUUUUCACCAAGAUCUUGUAUUCAUGAUGGAGAGUCUGACGAGUGUGAAAAGCCUUCUCCCAAACAUCACAAAGAUUUUCAGUGAGGUUGAGGUCUGGACUCUCAUGCUCCCUGAACGACUCGUUCACAAUUUGAGCCCAAUGAAGCUUGGCAUUGUAAACUUUGAAUAUUUAUUGAUGGAAUACAAUGAUUAUUCAGUAUAUUCAGGUAGACAGCUGACCUCAUAGUGAUCAUAAAUCUGAGCAACUGCAGCUGCCACCACAGCUUGUACAGUAGGCAUGAUGGGUCCAUCACUUCGUCUGCCUCUUUUCUUACCCUGAUGUGUCCAUCACCCUGGAAGAGGGUAAAUCUGGACUCAUCAGAUCAUAUGACCUUCUUUCAUCACUCCAGUGUCCAAUCUAUAUGUUCCCUUGCAAAUUGUAUAAUUUUCUCCAGUUAGGCUCACUAAUUAAUGGCUUUCUUAUGGCUACACAACUGUUUAGCCACAAUUGGCUGAGUUUGCUUCACAUUUUGCAUGUGGAACCACUUUUCCUUUCACUAUUGAACAUAGCAGAUUUCUUCCAUUUAUCUUCAGUUUAUUUCACCAAACACUUCAGUGAUCACAGAUCACGACGAUUCACAGGUUAUUCCCAAACACAUUUCUCAAGACAGUUUUAGUAGUUUUUGCAAUCUCAGUAGAUGUUUUCUCUGCCUGAUGCCAAUGCAUCCUUAAGCAGAGUAACAUUUUUUCCACGACCACAGGAUUUGUCGUGCAACGCGCUCAGUUAUAUUCAGGUGGCGACUUUUAUUUUCACCAGGCAAUGUAUACAUAUAACGUGUUUAUAUACAUGUAUAUUUAAAUGUUUGUGUGAAGGAGAUAUAGGCAUCAGCUACUGACCAAUACCGUGCCUUUUUCCACACCGUUUUUCACAGUGUUUAACAGCGCGGGUGAGUUACAUUUGUUGAUUUUGUGCAACUGUACCUUAUACAUCAUAUACAUAUUUUUAUGCUGAACAAAUUUGCCUCUGUGUUCUUUUGUAAUUUUAGAAAGGAUGAUUUAGUGUGAUUAAUAUGAAGUUAAGAUGCCCAUGUCGAGUGUGCAUACUCUCCUCUUACCGUAUGAUCAUAAACGGAGCACAUAUGUAAUAAUUCAUUGGUCAAAUGUCGAGAAGUAUUGAGCCUUGGUAAACUAAUUUAUGGACUUUUACGUAAUUUGUCAUGUUACAGCCAGAAACUUACUAUAUUUCAUAGGCUUCUGUGUGGUGGACCAAUACAAGGUAUUGCAUAAUUGUUAUGGGAAAAUGAUACAUGGUUUUUAAGUGUUUUUUUUUUUUACAAAUAAAAUGCUAGAGAUGUGGGUUGAGUUUCUCUUCUGUCCCUUUACUCCGAUUACACCUAAAUAUAAUUUAGUGAAGCCAUUCAUCUUGAGAAAUCAUCUAAUUAGUAAAGAAUCCAAAAUUUUAUUUAUUUAGAUUUUCUUUACAAUUCUGAAUGCAUUACAAGAAAAUAAUUUUUAAGGUGUCACAUAUCUGUUUGGGUAAAUGGAUAAAGAAACAGAUUUUUGUCACCUUUUUUUAAGAAAAGAAAAGUAGAUUUUGCAGUAUAAACAUAGUUUUGGUCCAUGUUUACAUGAUACUCUACACACUCUGGAAUGAAGUCCAGAUCAAAUGCAUUCAGGUUUAUGGUUAUAAAAUUUUAAUAAAUUUACUGGUGUGAACAUUUUGGGACAGCAUGAAAAAUUAGUGCCAACAAAUGAACCAGCAAGUUAAACAUUUAUUUUUAUACUUUUUUUUUCAUAAUAUACGAAAACACUUGAUAUUCACAAAAAAAGAUGAUGUAAUGAAAACAAUUGAAAAGGAGCUAUUAAAAAAGGCUCACAUUAUACAUUCAGCAACCUAGAAACAAAAUGCUAAGCCCAGUGUCGUCAUUUCAGCAGAUUCAAUCAAUAUAGUUAGGCAUAUCAUUUUAAAACAACCACUAUAAAAAAAACAAACUAAUAAAAAAUCUGGCCAUGCUUCACAGUAAAAACAAAAGGUCUUUCAGCUUUUAUGGCACUGUACUUUCCCUCAUGUCUGUUAACAUUCAAAGGAAAAGCUUUUUACAGAGUGAGAACUAAGAUCCACAAAACAGUUCACAGUUAACGCCCGCAAAACACACUUUUUAGCUUAUUUGCUGCCUCGUGCAGUCAUUACAGUAGUUUCGGCUCAAGAGAAUACCCUCUCUUAUAACCUUGUCUCACAAAAAUGCAUGCAUCGGCCUUUCUGAGUACGGGGGGAUUACGUGAGGCUUUAUUUAAUAACACAAUCCCUAUUUAAGAAAAAUAAUAUUAAAAACAUGAGAACAAUUGGCAUAAAAUCUUUAGAUGGCAGCUAUUCACAUAAAACUCCAUUUACAUUUACAAAGUACAACAUUUGCAGCUUGUUUCUGUUUUGCACAUUUAAACUGCAGUUUAAGUCACAACUGUUGGCUACAGAAGACUUCACCUAACUACUUCAUACUUCAGAACAAGUUCAAAAUAAUAGAUGCGGUAUAA